AAUUUUCUCACUAUUUUUUCAUUCAACCGAUUUGUGCUCCCAAAAUGUAUAACAUCGAUUUUACCGAGCCUCACUGGUUGAUCAAUAGUUAUCACGCUGUCGGUUUAUUUUCACUGGUUUUCAACUUGCUCGCUAUUUAUCUGCUAUUUUUUGAAAUUAACGAUCUUGGCACGUUUCGAUACAACUUGCUGAUUUUUCAGAUGGCGAGCUUGCUUACUGACCUCAGUAUUACAACCCUUUCAACUAUUGUUCCAUUGUAUCCGUUGAAUGCCGUCACAACCUUCGGAAUUCUUUCUACGUGGUUCGGUGUGUCAUCCCACUUUUGUUUCGUUUUUUCUGGAGGGUGUUCGCAUCUGGAAAAUGUGACCUUACUUUUGUGCUUCUUCAAGAAACAUCAAGCAAUCGCAACUAUAAUUGAUGUUCACGUUGUUCCAAAGUUUCUUGGAUUCGCCUGUUACCUGCUAGUGCUAGUGCUUGCUUCGAUUCCUCUCGUUGGAUUGUCUCUCUUAUCUGUCUCGCGAGAUGAGCAGCUGAUUUAUAUUAACAUGACUUCACCAGAAUACUAUUCAAGCUUUGCAAGCCUUGAACAAUUUGCCGUCUGGAGAGAAUCCUGGGCUUUGCUUGGAGUUUAUAUAAUUGCACUUUGUGAAAUGUCAACACUCGCCGGCCUCCUUGUAUUCUUCAAUUUGGAUCUUGUUCGCAUGAUGGUUAAAUUGAGAUCUAAAGUCUCCAAUUUGAACUUCCAAAAGCAUCGAGAAGCGAUUCAAAGUCUAUUCAUUCAAACUCUCGUCUCCCUGAUCUGUUCAACAUCGCCCUGUAUACUUGGAUUCUCAGUGAUGACCAAAAUGGAAAACGCGCAGAUUAUAAGUGAACUGUGCCUUCUGGGGUUCGCUUGUCAUUCGCCGGUCAACGUGAUCUCAUUGCUCAUAUUUUCCCCGCCAUAUCGCAGAUUUUUGGAGAAACUUUUUCGAAGAGGUAACCGUCAACUCAUCGUUCAUCCGCAUUCGCAGAGUGGAGUAAACCAAUAA